UUUCGAUUUGUGGUGGAUUAUAGUGAUAUUUUUUGACAGUUCGAGCUACCCAUGCCCAUUGAGAUGGUAAACUUAACGGUUUAAAGACAUUGGAUUUAGGAUUAUUUAUAAUAUUUGAAAGGCUGACUAAAAUGAAUUUAAGUAACAGUUUCUGGCUGGUGGUUCUGGCCGUCCUCGAAUGCUGUUGGAGGACAGACUCAUCGAACGUUCCCAAAGAAGUCAAAGACCAAGUAGAAAGCAAUUUGUUAUCGUUAUUCGGCUUCAAAGGUCGGCCGAAAGUUGACAAAUCGAAAGUGGUGAUACCCCAGGCGAUGAUCGAGUUGUACGAAAGGCAGAUGGGGUUUCCCUUGGACACGACGUCUUUUCCCAAAAAGGGAUGGCACACGAAGAAUGCGAAUACCAUUCGAAGUUUUACGCAUGUCGAAAGCCCGGUGGACCUGAGGUUUAGCAGCCACCACAAGUUUCGGCUAAAAUUCGAUCUACUGUCGGUGCCAAAAGAAGAACAAAUCAAAGCUGCAGAGUUAACCCUAAGUCGACAAAAAAUAAAGUGGUUGACGGAAGGAUCAGAGGAAAAAAACUACUUUCAAAGGAUCCUCGUCAGUGAUAUCACCCAACGAGGGAUUAAAGGCAAGAGAAGUCCCAUAACUAGGGUGAUAGACAGUAUUUUGGUAGACACGAGGAAAAACAGUACCGUGAGUCUAGAUGUUUUUCCAGCAGUGCAGCGAUGGCUACAGGAUCCAAAGGGAAACCAUGGCCUUCUAAUAUCAGUUCGAGGAGCAGGAAAGAGUAAAACCAAACUUCACCAUCAUAUUCGCUUACGCAGAAGCAUUCACGACGACGAAAGUAGCUGGAAUAAUCUCCAGCCUCUUCUUCUCGCUUACACAGACGACGGCAAAAGCAGACCCAGACGCGGUGCGGAGCUGGCACAAAUCAAAAGAAGAAGGAGGAAUUCUAAGAAGCACAACAGAUCCAAAAAUGAGAAGAGGUAUCCGUGCAACAGACAUCAGAUGUAUGUAGACUUCCGGGACGUAGGCUGGAGCGACUGGAUCGUCGCUCCCCCUGGCUACGAUGCUUACUACUGUCAAGGUGAAUGCAAUUUUCCCAUACCUUCGCAUCUGAACACUACGAAUCACGCGAUAAUUCAGACGCUUAUGAACUCAGUGAAUCCCCAGAAGGUUCCAAAGGCUUGUUGCGUCCCCACGCAUCUUAAUCCCAUUUCGAUGCUUUAUCUUGACGAAGACGAAAAGGUGGUUUUAAAAAACUAUAAGGAAAUGGUUGUAGUGGGGUGUGGCUGUCGGUAGUCGAUUUGUUGUGACAUAAUUUUCCGUAACCGCGUCUGUGAUCAUUUUGAACUUUUGAGGCUACCGUCUUGCACGAAACAGUUGUUAUCCCAGUGAAAUGUUUUAGAUACCCAUGUUUUGCGAGGAAUGGGCAAAUUCUUAUAUCAGAAUGUAGAAUCAAAAUAUAUUUAUUUACGUCAAGUUACCUUCUGCUCACUUAUGUAUAUUGUAGUUAUAAAGUAGACAUUUUUUCUUAAAACUACAACAAAUGAAUGUGUAUUAUUAAAUAAUCAUUUUUAUUAUUGAUAAAACCAUCUAAAUUUUUAUCUUAGAGAGUUAGCAAGAUCAUUGAUAUUUUGCAAUUUUAC